AUGCCUACUUCACCGGAAUUCGAUUCGCUUGAGUCUCCCUCAUCUGAAUCUGCUUCACCCGAGUCACCCUCAUCUGAAUCUCCUUCAUCUGAGUCUCUUUCACCAGAGAGUCCUCCACCAAAGUUUAUCUCUCCUUCAUCGGAGCCUCUUUCACCCGAGCCUUCUUUACUCAAGUUCAUUUCACCUGAAUCUCCGUCAUCCAGGUCUCCUUCACCCAAGCCUCAAUGUGCACUAUUUGUUGAUCGUGGAUUGAAAGUACAAGUUUGUCUCGAUGUUCUGGUCGAGAAAGGGGGCUACAAUAGUGUAAGAGGUCGCGGACCCCCAAUCCUUUCCGAUAAUCUUCUCGAUAUAGACUCUCCCCAAGACUGGUGGCAGAUGCUACGCAAUCUGCAGCAGAUUAUCGACCUUCAACUUGUACCUCUUUUGGGAGUGAGUCCCGAGAUUGUCGACGUGUUUGUUGUUUGGGAUGGGGAUGUCCCACCAGAAUGUGACGGAUGGUCCGAAUGGUCCGAAUGGCUGAAAUGCAAAAGGUGGAAUGAAAUUGGGGUAAAAACAAUGAGAUUGUACAAACGUGAGAAAGGCCCACGGUAUAGGGUAAAUUUCGAGUUUCUCCUCGAAUUGCUGGCUGAGAGAGAUUAUCGCGACGUGAUAUUUUGCUCUAUUCACAGGCCCCCAUCACAAAAAACACUUCAAUAG